AUGAAGUUUACUCUCGUUGCUAGUGUUCUAUCUUUGCCAGGUGCUCUUGCGGGAGUUUUGGGCAAGGACAACUCUCUGGAAUCUCGGACAGAGCAUCUCUGUAGCUGCAAGCUAUACAUUGGAAGUACUGUGCUCCAAGAUACUUUUCCCACAGGAUCUGGUUUAAUCCAGCGGAACAUGUUCGUCGUGAACAGCAACAGACAAUACUGCAGCGUCAAGUUUGACCGUGGAAAUGAAGGGGGAUGUGACAAGAUCAGACAGGUUGCGGGACCUACUGGCCCUGGUUGCCCACAAAGGUUCGGCACUUUACAAUGUGUCCGCUUUGACCAGUAG